CACCUUGUCGUCCGCUAUGUAUCUCGAUAAUAUUUUCGUUUCGAGCGAUCAACCUCUCUCCGAACUCCACAACUGGAAUCCUACCCUACCUUUUGCGGCGUCACUGUGCUUUGUCAUCUCUGUGUCUCUGAGAUGGCGUCAAUUGAAAAAGUCGUGCAUCAAGAUCGGAUCAAAUCACCAAGGGAAUCUCAAAGUCUCUUCUAUCGUAGGCACCUCUGCAUCGGUGCCGACUAAGCCUAACAUCGCUCUAUCUGAAGUAGCCCAUCUCGUCGCAAUCAUUGGUUUUACGAUCAUAUCACCACGAGAGCACUACCGCUCUGUGAGUCCAUCGGAUUUGUUAGUUUUCUAUCUAUCCAUACGCACUUUCUUGAACGUAUCCACGUUACUGCUGUUUUGCGACAGAGGCUCCAUUUCAGUUCAGGUACUACGAACAAUCAUAGAGGCCGCGAACCUCACAAUCGAGUCUCAAAGUAAGAGAUACUUCUUGCUCGACACUUUCCGGGACCUUGCACCCGAAGAAACAGCUGGACUUUGGAGCAAAGCCAGCUUCGCUUGGGUGAGUUCAAUACUCUUUGCUGGAAACGACUUGGUAUUCUCUCUAGGAUCAUUGCCCCAGAAUCCUCCUCAGUUUGAACCUUCGAAAUUGCGUCAGAAGAUUUUGAUGGCUUGGGAUCGGAGAUGUAAGUCGUUCGAUCGCAUCAGGUCUAUCAGAAUUGACAACGUUCCACAGCAANAACCAGAAAGUCGUUUGUCAUUGCCAUUCGUUUUGGCAAAGUGCCUCAUGCCAGACUUUGCUACCAUCGCGCCUACGAGAUUCAUGCUCAUUGUCUUUCGCUACGCUCAACCUCUUCUCAUGAGCAAGAUGUUGCAACUGCUAGCCAACAAUGCUUUGGGUGGGCAAUCGUAUCAGCUUUCAUGCACCAUAGUCAUCAUCUCAGCGGUAAUUUACAUUGGACAAGCGCUCAAUCGUCUCAAAAUCAUGACCAGGGCCGCACUUGUUGGACUCGUAUACGAGAAGACGCUUAGUGCACCCUCUGCUACGUACAAGGACUAUAGCGCAGUCACUCUGAUGAGUACUGACGUUGAUGCUCUUAGUGACGUCAGUGAGAUGUUUCACGAGGCUUGGGCCGAAGUGUUAGAAGUCGUUGUGGGUAUGAUCUUGCUGGCUCAGCAAAUCGGAUGGUUCUGUGUUAUCCCUCUGCCAAUAAUAUAUGGCUGCUCUCACAUGACUCGAUAUGUAGCACGAAAUCUGCGUCCUAAACAACUUGCAUGGAACAAAGCCACACAAGACCGUGUCAACAAGAUCGUCUCUGUGGUCAGCAAAAUUAAGAUCAUCAAGAUGCUCGGUCUCGCAAAAAUCGUCGAAAGACAAACCGGCAGCAUGAGGCAGGCGGAAAUUGAUGCCUCGAAAGACAUGCGCUGGGUAUCUGUGCUCGCUAACGCAAGUGCAAAUGCACUUGGGUUGUUCACACCUGCAAUCACCAUCAUCCUCUUCGCUGCUAUGGGAAACUCGAAACUCGAUGCGGAAACAGCUUAUACAACACUAGCAGUCCUGGUCAUGGUCACUCAUCCUGCAAAUAUGGUCAUGACCAUAGUACCUAGGGCAAUUGCGUCUUUGACCAGUUUCCAGAGGAUACACGAUUUUGUCAGCAAGUCGCAUUUUCAAGAUGCUCGUCUCCCCCUUCAAUGCACGGAAGGAGCGACCUUGAUAGACACUGAUCCUGUUCUCCAGAUGGCAAUCGAGUUCAAGGAUGUUGAAAUCAAGUUAGCAGGCACCGCACCUCCAGCUCUGGAUAACAUCAAUCUACGCAUCAGCCGUGGUUCUAUCGUUGUAUGUACUGGACUUACAGGAGUAGGAAAAAGCAUAUUGGGCCUAGCAAUUACUGGAGAAUUGGCGCCGUCCAAAGGAUCCAUAUCCGUCAUCAGCGGACGCACAGGGCUAUGUGCUCAAUCACCAUGGCUUUCAGGGCAGAGUAUACCCGAGACGAUCCGAGGCCUCUCUACUAACUAUGAUGACGCCUGGUACCAGAGAGUCCUGGCUGCUUGUUACAUAGAUGACGAUAUCCUGCUACCGUCUGUCACCCGAGCUGCUGAACAUGGGCAUACACGACUUUCGGGAGGGCAACGGCAAAGAGUCGCAUUGGCUCGUGCUGUAUAUCAACGACACGAUAUCCUUGUUCUCGACGACCCAUUUUCAGCGCUGGAUCAGCGCGCACAGGAGCGUGUGAUUACCAAUCUGCUUGGUCCUAAUGGACUGCUCAGAAGCCCAUACACGACUGUGUUCUUGAUUACAAAUGUCUCCCGUGCUCGCUCUUUCGCGGACAGAGUUUUGCUAUUGAAGAACAAUUGCAUCGAUUUUGAUGGUGACUGCAACAGCUUCCGCACCUACUCAGGCUCAUCAAUAGAACGUAUCAUCCCAGCUGACGACGCGGCGAAACUCGACGAUGAGGAAAAGACACAAUCGACCCGUGUCAAGACAAGCAAGCCUGCCACCAAAGAUGAUGAAUUCGACGUCGAUAGAAGACCUGGCGACAUGUCAGUUUACCGAUACUACCUUAGGUCGGUGGGUGGGAUGAACAUGCUCGCACUCUUGGCCUGUACACCACUAUAUUCGUUCUUUUCUAUCUUUCCCCACUACUGGCUCAAGUGGUGGACACAAGCAGGAGCCACGAAAGAUACCCUCUAUAUGCUCGGCUACUUGUUGUCUUCCACCAUUGCCUGGGCGUCCACCAGCAGCAUGCUCUGGGUCAACUUCAUCAAGCUAGCACCCAGAUCUGGAGCAGUGUUGCAUUGCAAUCUGCUGACUACAGUGCUCGGAGCUCCAAUGUCUUUCUUUUCGACCACGGGUACUGGAGCACUUGUCAACAGAUUCAGUCAGGAUAUCGCACUCAUCGAUCGAGAGCUUCCUUCUGCAAUGGCUGCACUGUGUACACAAGUCUUCAAGCUCAUAAUGCAGUGUUCUCUGCUAGUCACCAGUCAAAAGUUACUCAUUUUCGCCUUGCCAAUUUACGGGCUCGCCAUCUAUAUGGUUCAAAAGGUGUACCUGCACACUUCGCGCCAACUCAGAUACUUAGAGCUAGAAUCGAGAUCAGCGGUGUAUACGAGCUUCUUGGAUGCAGUCGAGGGAUUGACAACCAUCAGGGCUUUUGGAUGGCAACAAGCAUACCUCGAUCAACAUACAAGACACUUGGAUCUCUCUCAACGAGCAUUGUAUCUGUUUUUGUGCGUGCAGCGCUGGCUAAAUGUCAUUCUGGACUUUGCUGUUGCCGUUGUGGCUGUUGUAGUCAUUAGCCUUGCGGUUUUCUAUACUGAUGAAACGUCUAGUGCUGACGUGGGCAUCGCGUUGAAUAUGGUCUUGGUGGCCAACACCACAUUGCUGAGGUUGAUAGAAUCUUGGACGAGUAUGGAGGUGUCAAUUGGUGCUGCUGCGAGGCUGAAGAAGCUGGAGGAUUGGGUGGUGGGUGAGCAUGCUUGUGCUGUUUCACAGAUGGCUGUGUCUGAGAAUUGGCCAUCCGCUGGAGAGCUUGUAUUGAAGGGUGUGAGGGUGUGCUAUGGUUCUCGAGUCAUCCUAGACAAAGUCGACUUGACCAUCCCAGCCGGCACAAAAGUCUUCAUCUGCGGCGAAACAGGAAGCACUCUACUCAUGGCACUCCUACGUCUUUCCCCAGUUCACUCCGGCUCCAUCCACCUCUGCGGCAAAGAAAUCUCCCACGCAGCACCUUCAAUCCUCCGUUCCCGCUGCUUCAUCUGCGUACCACAAGACCCUCUCUCCUUCCCCGAAGAAAGUCUUCGCAACAACAUCGAUCCCUAUCACCACCACUCAUCCCACCAGAUCAUAGAAGUUCUACAAAAGUUGCAGCUGUGGUCUUACUUCCAACCUAUCACCAAUGCCACCAACUCUUUCGACGGCGAUGACAACGAUGGCAUCCUCAACUCACUACUAUCCUCCUUCCCUCCGGUCUCAACAGGUCAAGCCCAACUCUUCUCUCUCGCCUGCGCUAUCCUCCGCUCGAAUCACCAAGCGAAGAAAGGACAAAAGCCCAUCAUACUCCUCGACGAACCAACCGCCGAUCUUGACGACGAAUACCAAGAUUUGUGUUCAAAGGUCAUUGAAGAAGAAUUUACCCAANAAGGGUUUACAGUGAUGAUGAUCACGCACAGUUCCAAGGAUUUAGAGCAGAGGGUGAGACGGGGCAAGGACAUGAUUGUUGAGGUCGCGAAUGGAAGGGUGAGAUUGGAGAGCUGU